AUGGCAUCAUCUCAAAAGCAACUCUCAGUUCCAUUCGAGGUACUUUAUCUUCUUCUCGUGCUCGUGCAUAAUAUACCUUGCCUUGCUUCAUCCCAAAGCUCCGUUGCUGGUGUAACUAACGAAACAAAAGACAAGGAAAUGGAGGCCCUCCUGAAAUGGAAAUCUAAGCUCGACAAGGAGAGUCGCUCUAUCUUGUCUUCAUGGAAUGAAAGCAGCCCUUGUUCUUGGCUUGGAAUCGCUUGUGAUCCUUCUGGGAGCAUCAUCAGCUUGAACCUUUCGAGUUCUGCCAUAUGGGGCACGCUGUACCAUCUCAAUUUCUCCCAAUUGCCCAGCUUGGUCACCCUUAAGCUUUCCAACAACUCACUCUACGGGAACAUCCCUUCAAGUAUUGGUAAUCUUUCCAAGCUCACUUAUCUGGAUUUGUCACGAAAUCGUCUUUUUGGACAUGUCCCUGCUCAACUUGCAUCACUUGGAUUGUUACAAGUUCUAGAGAUAUCACAUAAUAAUUUGACCGGUCCAAUUCCUAAUCACAUAGGUAGUCUGAGCAACUUGUCUGGCUUACAUCUUUCGGAUAAUAAGCUUUCUGGUUUCAUCCCUAAAGAAAUAGGAAUGCUCAAAUCUGUCAAAUUUCUGAUGUUAAUGAACAAUCGCAUCACUGGUCCUAUUCCUUCUUCGAUAGGAAACAUGAGCAGCUUGAUAAAGAUGUGGCUUUUCGAUAAUCAACUUGUUGGGGCCAUUCCAGAGGAAAUAGGAAUGUUGGGGUCUCUUAGUGAACUUGAUUUAUCAACCAAUUCUCUCAAUGGCUCCAUCCCUAUAACUUUAGGAAAUCUGAGUAAUUUAGCAUUUCUAUACUUCUAUCGAAACCAACUUUCCGGUCCCAUACCUUCAGAAAUUGGAGGAAUGAGAUCCCUCAUACAUUUUCAGCUGCUGAAUAACGAUCUAACAGGUUCGAUCCCAUCAUCCAUAGGAAACUUAAGCAAUUUGAAUUUCCUUUUCCUUCACAAAAAUAAAUUGUCUGGUCCUAUUCCAAAAGAACUGGGGAUGCUCAGCUCUCUCUCUGUUCUCAUGCUCUACGACAACAGUCUCUCUGGCUCGAUUCCUUAUACUAUAGGUAAUUUGAGCAAACUUGAGAUAUUGGCCCUAGCCCAAAAUGAGUUGUCUGGCUCGAUUCCGAAGGAGAUAGGAAAAUUGCAACUCCUCACAGCUCUGCAUCUAUUUGAGAAUAACCUAGAAGGCUAUGUUCCCAUCAAGAUUAGUAAUCUCACAUCACUCUCAACCUUUGAAGUAUCAAAUAACAAGCUUGUUGGUCGACUGCCACCAGAUAUAUGCCAUGGUCAAGUUCUUGUAUGGCUUACUGCUUCUGACAAUCAUUUCACAGGAGCAAUUCCACGGAGCUUAAAAAAUUGUACAAGGUUGUAUAGAGUUAGGCUCCAGAACAACCAGUUAAAGGGAAGUAUUACUGAUGCUCUUGGCAUAUAUCCCAACUUGGAUUACCUUGAGUUGAGCAACAAUGAACUUCGUGGAGAGCUUCCGUCCACAUUGGAUACCAUCUGA